AUGUCGUACAGCCCUCCCUACGAUGGUGGCUUUGCCCGCUCUAUUUCACGGCGACCGUCCUUGCCGUACAGCGCCUACGGCGGAGGGAUCCCGCCGCCAGGUGCUCCCUACAGCGAUCCAGGAAUGUACGGAGCGGACCCGCACUACAAUCCAGGAUAUGGCCCGGGUGCGCUGGUGCCGAUGAACCAUAGGUUGACCUCAGGUAGCUGGCACCCUCCAUUCUGUCAAAAUGGCCCUUAUAACGAAGGGCUAUACUCAGGGUACGACGAAAUGGACUACCGCGACGGUUACGAUUACGACCCCGGCUACUCCCGGCCCAUGACCCCAAUGACGCCUCGCUCUCGUCGCCAUUCCACCGUCUCCUUCAUGCAAGUUCCACCUCCUGCAAUGAUGGACAACACGUACAUGCGGGGUACCGGUCAUCGAAUCAAGUUCAAACGAAAGGGUGCUCUGAUCGGUGGUAUCGGCCUGGACGAAGCUCAAUCACACGUUCGACUGUCGAAUAAUGACGCGUACAGCUAUCAUGACCUUCAUGCAGACCGCAGGCGGAUUUUGCUUAGAGUGAAGUGGUCUGGAUAUAACUCUAUGACUUAUGAAAUCCCUUUGGACGGAUACGACCGUCGUGUGGACCUCGAGACACUGGCGAGACGCGUUUCAAGGGCGUGCGUCCACUACCUCCAGGCCAAUGUAAUCCCCAUCCUCUGGGACAGAGUCGUUCUCCAUCACCUAGAAGAAGUAUCGUACGGUGUGUGGCAGCCAAUGCUGUCUACACGUUGA